GAGCUUGAUUUGCUACAACUUCGGCACAAGAGAAUGCGAGAAUAACACAUAAUCUGCAACUAGUUGUCCGACAAUAGAGUCUGUGUCCUGGCAAGCUGCAAAAUGUCAGCGGCCCGUUCAGCAAGGCUGAUGGCGCGUAUUGUGCGGCUGCUGGUUGAGCUCAAGGGCGGAGCCCGAGUGGCGGGGCGCAACAUCGCGCAGCAGACUAAUGGCGCGGCUGGUGGUGCGGUGGGCCGGGGGCUGACCAAGGGCGCCACAGCCAACACGGGCAUGAUGAAGGACCUGGCCAACGGCGGCCGUAACUUCUGGAGCCACAUGCCCAAGUCGCCGCAGCUGCCGGGCGCACUCAGCGACGCCGCGCACCUGAAUGAGGACUUCCAUGGGGGAGACCACGAUGACAGCGAGGGCGAUGGCAGCUUGUUCGGCGGACAUCUGUUAGAGGAGCUCGCGGCAAUGGAAAGCCACCUGCUGGACUGGGCUUCGCUGCGCACAGACACGCCGGCGGACGUGCUGCUGUCCAUCCUGUCCGACAUGCUGGACGGCCGGGAGCCCGACCUGCGCGAGGUGGCGCUGGCGCGCAGUGUGCUGCUGCGGCACCUGGACCUGUACGAGCCGCUCAACACCGGCGGCCACAUCCGGGCAGCCACAGACCUGGACGCGGAGGUGAUGGACGCGCUGAUGCACCAGAUCGGCGGCGCAAACAGCAGCUCAGCGGACGCGGCCGGCUCCCGGACCAGGACCACCUCGUUGGCGAUGGACGAUGAGGGCGGCAGCGCCGCACUCCCUGGCGUUGACGAGCCACCCGUGACGGCAGAGGCUUUGCGCUCUGCGCUUGCGCUGCUGCUGUCAAGGUCGGGGCGAACGAGCGACACGGACGCGGACGCGGGGCCCAGCGGCCAGAGCUGCAGCGGCAGUGACUCAGACGGCGCGGCGCGAACGCGUAGCGACGUGCCCGCGCCUAUCCUUGAUAAUGUGGAGCGGGCUCUGGCGCUGGCCGAUGAGUGGAAGUACGACACGUGGCACCUGGCGGAGGUGACCAAGGGUCACGCGCUGUCGUGCCUGGGGUUCUACCUGCUGCACCGCGAAGGACUCAUCAGCCAGUUCCGCAUCAAGCCCACCAAGUUGGCAAGGCUGCUCCGCAGCAUUGAGGCGGGGUACGCGGACAACCCCUACCACAACUCCACACACGCCGCGGACGUGCUGCAGACGUUCCACGUGUUGAUGCGCGGCGCCGGGCUGACCACACACUACCUGGACCGAGUGGGGCUACUGGCUGCGUACUUUGCGGCGAUGGUGCACGACCACGGCCAUCCCGGCCUGACCGCGGACUUCCUCAUCGCCACGUCUGACCCGCUGGCAGUGCGCUACAACGACCGCUCGCCGCUGGAGAACCACCACGGCGCGUCCUUCUUCAGCAUGCUGAUGCAGUCCGACAUGAACGUCCUGGCGCAGCUCACGCAGCACGAGAAGAACGCCUUCAGGAAGCAGGUGCUAGACCUGGUGAUGGCGACAGACAUGAAGCAGCACUUCACGCUACUGUCGCACUUCAACACCGCACACCACCUGCCAGCCUACAACAAGGAAGCCGGGCCCUGGGCGCUUGCAGCGGAGCCCGCCCGAACGACCAACCAGUCUGGUACAGAUCAGGCCAGUGGGGGCGCGGCUCGUGGGGCGGAAGACGACAUCGACGGGGCGGAGGCAGCCGUGUCGUUCUCGCUGCUGGGCACCUUCGACCCCACGCCCCUGGACGACGCGGAGCGGACACUCACGCUGCAGGUCGCACUGAAAGCGGCGGACCUCGGGCAUCUUGGAGAGGAGCUGGAGGUGCACAAGCGCUGGGUGCGCGCUCUGGAGGAGGAGUUCUUCCGUCAGGGUGACAAGGAGCUUGCGCGGGGCUUGCCCAUCAGCCCACUAUUCGACCGCGCAAAGCAGGGCGUUUCCAAAAGCCAAGUGGGCUUCUACGACUUCAUCGCCCUGCCGCUGGUGCACGCACUGGCAUCAGCAUUCCCAGGCGCGCGGCCGCUGCUCGCGUGCUACGUCGCAAACUACGACCACUGGCGGGAAGCGGAGAAGGCAGCAGCGCCAGCGUAGCUGGAGCCCCUAUGCACAUGGAUUUGCUUACAGUUCAACUGGCAAUGCUGCUGCUACCGCACCACACUCUGCGUGAAGAUACCGGUAGCGUGCACGCUGCGUGCUUGUGUGUAUUGUUGCCCUUCGAACUGCUGUUCAGCUCUUUAUGACCUGGUGGCUGCGUUGCAUGUUUGUGUCACCUUAGUGGGUUGCAAGCUGCAUAGGAUAGCUGCAACAGUGGCACUUCAUGUACGGUAUUAGGAGGAGUAGUGGAUGGCGCUGCGCGUGUGGCCUCAAUGUGCAUCGUGACUGUGCGACCAUAGUAGGCCUAUGCGUAAGGCACGACUGACUGUCUGCAUUAUGGGCCAACCUACCAGGGCGUCACCAAUUGGUUGGCGUUGUGUCCGUGUGUGUGAAAUGUCGGUGUGCGCCCCUGGUGGGUCUGCUCUGUUUGUCACAUGUAUUUAGUAAGGCCGAUUGACCGCAUAUAGGUGGCGGGUCAAAUCAGCUGGAGCAUAAAGCGACUUCACGAGUCCGUCACUGGCCUUGGCGGCUGCAGCGGCGGCGCAGGGCCUGGCAGCUGCGGCGGCGGGCGCAGGGCCCGGCGGAGGCGCAGGGCCUGGCCACAGCGGCUGCGGCGCAGGACCUGGUGGCAACGGCGGCGCCGGUGCAGGACCUGAAGGCUGCAGCGGCCCUGGGCCCAACAGUGGCGGCAUGCAUGUGCGUAGCGGAGGGGGCUGGCAAGGCCACAUGGAGGAGGAGAGCGCGGCGCCACCUGAGAAGCGGCGCCGGCGUGCAGGUAGAGACCUGCCGGUGUCUGGUUUGCGGUCUUUGCUGGCGAGCAUGGCGCGGCACGGUGGGUGGUAGGCCUUAUUGCUGUUUGGUUCGUUGUCUGCUGUGUUUAUGCUUGGCAGCGGGACGCGGCUGGCAGGGGGCGCUGGCUAUGUCCGGGCGAUGAGGUUGUUCGGCCUCAGACUGUGGAGGGGCUCAGCCCCUUUUCCCGUGACCGGGGAACACUUGUCCCCUUGAGAGGAUGAUCGCAGCAUCUGCUUGUCUGCUCCGUGCGCCUGCGUGCGCUGAGAUCGUAGGAUCAGACUUCAAGUCGAACGUACAUACUGGAUGAUCUUGAUGGAAUGAACAAUCUGGGACCCAGGCAAUGUCCGAUGAGCAGGCGCAACACACGGGUGCAACAUCCCUAGGGAUCGUAUCCGGCCCCAAGGGGAACCGCCUUCCUUGGGCUUUGCCGCUUAGGGCGUUACCGGUACUUAGCGUGUUGUAAUGGUCAGAAGGG